CGUUGGACUAUUUGAGAGGCGUGGCCGUGGCCGUCAACAAACGCAAAAACGCGCAGAAACUGGCGGAGGAGUUGGAUGACCUGAUAGUGGGCUCGCCUGCGUCUCUGCGAAGUCCUGGCCGCACUCUGGUGGGGCAGUACAUGACACAGGAGGUGCAAAUGACCAUGGCUCGAGGUACGUGA